AUGUCAAUUUUAUAUAAUACAACCUCAAAACUUAUAUCCAAGUAUCAAAAGAAUUUACCAUCGAAGAAUGUAAGAUUGAAUUCUGAUUCAAGACAAUUUUCGAACAGUAGUAAUGACAAAAAUACUUUAAAUAUUACCGAUCAUGGAAUUAUAAAUAUACCUGAUGAAAUAAUUGAUAUUCCAUUUAAAUCCAAAUAUCCAAAAAACUCAAAACAAUACCUGACUGAAUUAUGUAAAUCUGUUUAUCCAAAAGAAUUGCAUCCAACAAUAAAUUCCCUGGAUUCUGACGUUGAUUUAGCCAUUCAUGCAUUUAUGUCUCUUAUUGUUAAAAAUUAUGUAACAUAUUGGUAUGGAAGAAAAAUUCCUACUGAGGACAAUGAAUUUAUUAUUAAAAUAUUUAAUUUAAUUCAAGAUAUUAUUACAAGAGGUUCAAAAAAUUUUGAUGGUAAUUUAAAUAUAACCCAUAAAUAUGAGGCUCUUUUAUUUGAUGAUAUUCCGUAUAUUAUUUCUGAACAUUUUAAUUCAAUGAAGAAAUGUAAAAUAGCAAUUCAAUCCCAAAAUCGAAAUUCAAAAUCGAUCUUGGAAAUGUAUUCACAAUUAACUUGUUAUAAUUCUAAAGACUAUCCAGGCAAAAUAACAAUUUUAAUCAAGCCAAUAUUGAUGAAUGAUUCAUGCUCUACUUUACAAUCCACAUUUUUUGACUCUUUAUUAGAUGAUUUUUUAAUGGGUAGAAUCUGGUGUUCUAUUUCCCAUCCUUAUUAUUUGAUUAAAGGAAUUAAUAAAAUCUGUUAUAAAAUAAAUUCUAAAAAAAAAACAUCUAAACAAGAAGAAUAUGCCAAAAAAAAUAAUAAUAAGUACGAAGAUAAUAAUUUAGCCAUAAUUAUUUCGCAAGUAUAUUUAAAGUUUUUACAAAUCACUCAAUUUUUUUGGUUUUUGAUCUGUUUAUUUAAAUCUAAUGACAGCCAGUCUUCUAAUGAUAUUUUAAAAAAACCUAAAAAUGAAUCUUCAAUAGUUCACCGAUAUAUUUUCAAUUUUAUAUUAAUUGACACUUUGAAAUUGAAUAAUAAGAAACCUUUAAUAUUUUUUGUUUUACAAAUAAUACGAAAAUUAAUAAUUCAUUUCAAACAAAUUAAUAAUAAUUUACAAACCCAUAUAAAUAUGCUAAUCUAUAGCAAAUUAUGUUCCAAAAGAACUGUGUAUAAUUCAAUUGAUAUGAUUAGAACAUUAAUGUUUCCAAACGAUAAUAGUAUGGGACCGAGAACAAUCAUACCUGAAGGUAAAGAUUGGGAAAUAUUCAAAACAGAAUGUGCCAGUGAUAUUUGGGACAUAAUUCUAAACUAUAAAUUGAAUAUUUUUUUGAAUAUAAAGAAAGACGAAAUUACUGAAUUUAUUGAACUACUAACAAUAGAGCCUGAAUGCAAUGCCAUAUUAUAUUAUAGAUUACUUGAUUGCAUUCUUGCUUAUCAAUGUGAUCAAGAAAAUGAUACGGUAAACUAUUUAUAA